GAUCUGUGCGUUGCGAGUUAACCUGUUCGUUACUGAUUAAUCGUUCGUUGGUUUUAUGUUUUUUCGAUGAUUCUCCGUGAAAUACACGAUCGACAUAGCAGUCGCUUUCACUAAUGGAAAUACAUGCGUAGUAUUAUGAUCUAUCUCGUUUUGUGGUGCUUGUCCAUUGGCUGCUUAAUUGUAAAGGCCGACCCUGCUAUAUCUCCAUUUGUAGUCCUACCGCCUUCACUUCGCAUCAAUGCCUUAAACACUAUUAUUGUUUCUCCAGUAAAGAGUGAUAGCGAAAAUACGGAUAUUCACCUUAGUGUCCUGGGAUUUAGAGACAAGAAGAGCUCCAUUAUAUUCACGCAAAAGCUCAAAGCAAAAAGAGCGGGUGCCUCGCACUCCUUCUCUUUCCAAGUAAUUGACCCUGUGGAGAAGGCUAAAGUAAGCGUUAUUGUGCAAGGCCAUACCAAGUUCGAGAGUGAAAUACGAGUACUGCCUAACCUCGCUGCAUUACAUAUCCAUACAGACAAACCAGUAUACUCCGCUGGCGAAACAGUGUCUGUUCGCGCUUUGCCAUUAACCUAUGAAGGCUCUGUCUACGAUGGUUUCAUUGAGUUUGCUUUAGUGAACCCGGACGGUUUUGAACUUGUGAGAAAGCGCAAUAACACCUCUGAUGGUUAUAUUCCACUGACCUUCGAGUUACCCGAGUACCUUUUCUAUGGCGAGUGGCACAUAAUUGCAAAACCUCAGGGCGUGAAUGAUCCCGACUUUACGUAUAGUGUUGCUUUCCAGGUAAAAGAUUACGUUUUGCCGCCAUUCAAGAUCGGUCUCUCCAUCAGUGAUGGACAGCCUCUCGAUUCUACUGAAGUUACUGUUGAAUCAAGGUACUACUAUGGUGCACCGCUUUUUGGAUCUCUGACCUUCUACUGCAACACUCACAGGAACCGACACUCAUCGAAACCGCAACGUCUGAUGCAAUCUCUGAUCACUGACGGUCUAUGGAAGCAGUCAGUAAACCUCUCGAUAUGCUUUUCAAAUUCUCGUCAAACAGCUACAGUGAUUACGGUAGAAAUUCGAGAUCGCGGAUCUGGAAAUCGUGGUGAAGCUGCGAUUACCUUUGAUCCCUUGUAUCCUGGAUUCGAAAUUGUUGCACUUCGGCCUGUAUACAACAUUAGAACAAAAGAACUGCUGCUGAAGAUAGAUUCUGUUGGAGCACCUGUAGGAUCACAUGUGAAUGUGAUUUUUUAUUGCCUUGGAGACGUAAUGCAAAAGUCGAACAGCACGGAAACACUCGUUGGAAAUGUGCUAAGUUUCGAAAAACCAGUAGAAUGGAAUAAAUGUAACGUGAUAAUGGUAGAGGCAACCAGGCAAAUUGGAACAACAAAGACGCGAAAGAAGACGUUAAUGCUUCCGAUGGUAGCAGAUCAGUCAGCUCUAGAACCAUCGUGGAUUGGAAUCGAAUCACUCCGAGCUGCUUACUACGUCGGUGAAAGUCUGAAUGUAUCCGUGCAAGGAGGCGUGGCACCGCGUUCGUUGAAUUAUGUGAUCCUGUGCAACUUGCACUCUGUCACUGGCACAGGACAAGUAAGGGAUGACGGUGUUCUUACAGUAAAGAUUACAAGAAAGAUGAUUGGGACUUGCAUUCUGUUCGUGUACGCGUUGGAAAUUAAACCUACUACGGAUAUGUUCCUGUUCAAUGUCGUGGAUCCAUGCCAGGUGUCUGCCUUCGUAUCUCGUGAUUUCAUCGAACCAAGAGGCUCAUUAAGUUUGACACUUAAUGGAGAACCUUAUGGGAUAGCUAUCGUGCGAGCAAUGGACGAUCGUUUGAAUGCUCUGAGACUGACUAAUGACGCAAUACGGACAAAAUACUGGGAUUUUGGCAUGUUUCAUCCAGAUACAAAGAGUAAUCAAGCAAGGCUGUUGAAUUUCGUAGCGUUAAAACAAGUGAAGAAAGCCAUAGAUCGAAGUUGCUCUUUGGCUGCAAGCCCUUAUCUGCAGCAAUUUGGCAAAUGUCCAGAUGCAAAAGCUACUUUAACAGUGCUGUCGAAUAUUUGCCUCAAAAUGAUGGUACUCAAAUGUAUGCCUGAGCCGCAAGCAGUUGUAGUUUCAACGGCUUGCGAUGCGAAAAAUCCGCGAGACUGCGUGUAUCCGUUGAUGCAAGGAAAGCCAAUGCUUGGUCGUCUUCUCUCUCUCGAGGCUGCACAAGCUCCUGAUGACACGUCAGUGAAUAUGUUCAGCGAUACUUUGAGAGUGGAUGACGACGAUGGAUCAGGCGUUCGUGAGCGUUUUCAUGAAGUGUGGCUUUUCGACGCUAUACCUCUUACAGCGUCUGGCACAGCGUCAAAGACCUUGAAAGCGCCGGAUACUGUAGGCACAUGGAGCGUGUCGUCAGCUUUUUGGUCACCAGGACAAAGAGAUCUUUGUGCUGCUAAAAAUCUUGAGAUAAUAUCAAAAAAGGAUGUGUUUCUGGAGGUCGAUCUACCAAAGUCGGUGUUUGUGAACGAAACAGUGACAGCUAAAGUCACCGUUGUAGCAUUGAAUAAUGAACGAGAAACAACGUACUCAGUCUGCUUAUCUGACAUGUCGAGAAAAAUCUGUGCUGAUCUUGGAUCGUUCGGACAACUCGGACAACCAAGCUAUUCUCGUGUGGUAGUCUCACCUGAUCAUCCAAUUGAUACGAAAACAUUUUCGUUGAGAUUUCUCUCCACUGGAUCAGCAAAAGUGACUUUUCAAUUGAGAGAAGAAACUUCAUAUCCUGGAAAGCAUCACUGUGAUAUUGGCCAUAUAUAUGACUCGGUUCGGUUAAACGUUUUUAUAGCAAAACGUGAUGAAACCGAGGAAUUAUAUAAGAUGCUCAUACUUGAUGCAAACAAACCUUUGACUGAUAUCACAACAAACAGUGCAGUGGAGGAAAUUACAACUUCUAGAGAUGUUUUUCAUGUAACAGAGCGUCGAUCGCCAAAAGAUGGCGAUGUGAUGAUUACUGAUGUUUUUGCGAAUAUACCCGAUUCUGACGCCGUCUAUAGUUUCAAUAUUGAUGUCUCUAAAUUUCUUCCACUGGAUACUCCUGAGAUAAAAGUUCGACGAACUCGUCGCAGCAUUGAAUCGAACCAUGCCUUCCUUUCUGACAUCCUCAAACGGCUCUCUGUAGAGCUUUACCAGUUCAAGAGAAUCAGAAUGCUACAAAACACUGAUGCCUCAACCUUGGAAAUGGCUGAGAAUAGGAUUGGGUCGUUGAUAUCGGAUAUGUUGCGAUUUUCGGAUUGUCGAAAUGAGACGGCCUGUGGUUAUGCGGAAUUCAUGAUGCCAAGAAGUCCAGAGGAACGGUCGAUCGCUCUAACAGCCAUUGCCACAUCGCUACUCUGCGAAUCCACAUCGGAUAGUCGUCUUGUUUGUGGUGGAAUACAGUUUCUAAUACAGUCAUUUAUGAAAGAAUGGCAACAAGAGUUCUACGAUUUAAGCGAUCUAGUUGCCUUGGGUCACCCUAUUGACAGAGAAUGGUUUUUGAAAGCAAUUCUACUGCAAGUAUCUCGUGACUGCGCUGCAUACCACUGUGUUAAAGAUGAUGACGCUUGGUUCAAAUUGCUGUAUUCUUUCUAUUCUAUUGAUGAGAAUUGGAAAUGGGAUGUACGUUCAAUCGCAGCUCUGGCUUAUAUGGGAACGAAUGCGACCAGUGAAGUGAUGAGAAUCAGGAUGGCUGGACUGGCAAAUCGUCACAUCUUACCUUUCUGGAAUGCUGGUACUCGAUUAUUUUCGAAAACGAAGAUGAGCAAUUUUGAAGAGUCCAGUAUAGUGAGAAAAAUGAAGAGUGGUGAUAUAUUGGUCAACUCGCUUGGAAUACUGGCAUUUGUCUCCCCAGGAGCAGAAGGUCGAGAUGUCGAUUGGGAUCCACUUGCAAGUUGGCUUUAUGAGCAACAAUCACAAGAUGGGACCUAUGAUAAUGUUAUCGAUACGUAUUUUGCAUCACGUGCUUUGUUUGAGUAUCACUUUCGUAAAAUUGACAUCAGUAGCAAAGGAGCGGUUACCGUAUCCGUGCACUGCCCUACAUGUGAACCACGUACAGUGAAUGUAACUGAAGCGGCGACGCAGAUCUAUCUACCCACACAUGUCCGAAAUGUAACUGUGGAAACUAAAGGACAUGGAAAAGCAAAGUUAGACAUGCGAUUAGUCGCGAAAAAACGGCAACGCUCAAGACGAGGUCUAACACAAGAUGACUACCACCCAGUGCGAUUAAAUGUACAUCAAGAGCGAAUCCGCAAAGGAACGAUUCGUCAGACUGUAUGCUUACGGGUCCUUUCACCUCUGAUAAAAGUUAUCGAAAUUACUCAUGGACUGUACACGGGUUAUUCAGCAACACCUAACAGUGUUGCUUUGUUAGCAAACUCGUCAUCACUUUCAUUCAAUUCGCCUGUCUCAGUUUCUUCAUUUGCUGCUCAUUUUGUUCUAAGUGGUUUUAAACAUAACGAAAUACUUUGUUACGUGAUCGGAGUUACUGAACCUCAACACAGUCACGAACCGCUGCACUUAGCUCCAGUCGCUAUUACUGCCCGGCAUCCUGUUGAAGGCGUCAUAGGGCUCGUGCUAAUCUCCCAUCCCGAUCAAGACACUACUAAACGUAGAAAUAGACGACAUAUGAGAGGACAGUCAGAGGUGUCUCACGGCACAAUAUUCCACAGAAUUCCACGAGCUAUUGUAGACGAGUCUAUCGAUACAGUUUGCUUCGAUGGCGGACAAUGUUCAUGUGCGGAAUCCACAUGUGGCGUGAAAUGCGGUCUUUGUACCAGAGAUAAUGCCGCAGAUAUCAAGAAAUUCAUCUCAUUGCCUCAGAAUUUCGGUGCACUUCUUCGGAUUCGCGCUAUUGAUCGAAUUCUUGUAAAUAAUGCAUACUAUACACAUUUGAGUACAGAAGUUCGAGAAAAGCGGGGAGCGGCUGAACAUCAAAUCUCAGAAAAGCUAGAUAUAUGGCUUCGAGAAUGCAAUCCACGUUGUGUUGUACAGAAACCAUCUGUCAAUGAUAGCUAUCUCAUUCUUGGUGAAGCAGGUGCCUUAUCGGUAGAUAAUUCAGGAAGGCAGCAUUACGUUCUUCGUAAUAUGGACCGAUUCGAAAGAGCUACUACGAAUUGUGCUCAACUUUCUAAUGCAAUCAUUCUUGAAUAAUGUUAUGAUUAUGAACAUGUAUUAUGCAGCCCAAGCUGUGAAAGAGGAUAAUGAAGCUCAAAUUUCAAUUUAGCGAAUUAUUCAAUUGUCAGUUUGAAAAUUGGUGCGAAACAGUGGAUCUGUACUUAUGCUCGAAAUGUCAUAAUAGUGAAUAAACGAGUUAUAGCAA